GACCACUUUUGCCACCGCUUGACCAUCAAGAUUUUCCACAAACGAUGAGGCGAUGGAUCAUUUGUUGCCAACAAACAGGCUUCCGGUUGCUUCUCGGUUGUUUACACAUUUGCUUUCCGUGGCUUUCAUUAACUCCACAUGAACUCGCGUUUGUCUCUCCCCUCAUUUCUUCCACAUUCAUCCACCGCCCUGGCGUCUCAAUAUGCUUCCUCCUUGAUUGCUUCUGAUGUAACUGGAAUGUGCGACCUGCCCACGUCGGGGUCCCCCUCCCCGCCUCCAUGUUAGGCAUAGCGAUUGCGUAAUAUAUCACUUGAUGAUUAUGACACCUUGUAGGCGGAAACUGCAUGCACGUGCUAAGUAAGAACAGUUUCCACCCAUUUCACUUAUUCUUCCACUUAAGGCGAAACAAUGCUUCAGUAUUGACUUAAUGGUUUGAUGACGACGAUGACGAUGAUGAUGAUGAUGUGCGUUUGUGCGAGCGGGUGACUGUUCGUGCAUGUGCGAGGCAGAGUGAGGUGGUGAAGCAGCAAGGUCUCUGUCUCCAGUUUCCACGACAACGGUGAAUGUUGAUGACACCACUGAAAUGUUACCCAAAUCAAGGCGAGCUUUGACCAUUCAAGAGAUUGCAGCGUUGGCACGAUCCUCCCUGCACGGUAUUUCCCAGGUAGUGAAGGACCAUGUGACAAAGCCCACCGCCAUGGCACAGGGCAGAGUAGCCCACCUCAUCGAGUGGAAGGGAUGGUGUAAACCACUGGAAACGCCCACGGCCCUGGAAUCAGACUUUAAUUCUUAUUCCGAUCUCACCGAGGGAGAGCAGGAGGCCCGUUUUGCUGCAGGUGUCGCAGAACAGUUCGCAAUUGCCGAGGCUAAACUGAGGGCCUGGUCGUCGAUUGAUGGUGACGAUUCCAACGAUGACUCAUACGAUGAAGAUUUUCUGCCCGCCAACGAGCCUGCAACACAGAGCACAGAUGUGCAAUCAUAUCCUCCAUACUUAAAGGACUUGAUUCACAGCCAGCUUUGUCAACACCUGGGCCUUCGCGGGCCAUGCUGCGAGGGAGGGGGCAGCGGCGAGCCGUCUCCCACGGCCGGCUCGCCGGACACGCUUCGCUCCAGCCUGUGCAGCGUCGACGAACACCACCCGCUUCUGCGCGACCUGAGCGGCCACUGCGCAGCCCACGGCAGCGCCGCUGAGCUGGCCGCUAAAAUCCUGUCGGCGCUGCAGGGAGGGGAGGAGCUUCUGCUCGCCCGGCUUCAGAGGGUGGGGCGGACCGGGCCCGGCGGGAGGGACUGCGCUUUCCACAGCCUCGGAGGGAGCGGGCACGGCAUCGGGCCUUGCGGCGGUCAGGAGUCUCCUGCGUAUUCUGUGUCUUACUCGGAGACAUAUCUGUCCCCAGGGGAGGAUGGCGACACCCCCUGCAAGGACUACGAGGCCACCUUGUGCCAGGCCGAGGCCAACGGGGAAGAGUUUCCGCCGGGUUACGAGCCCCGCAGGAGGAUGUCAGACGUGGCCUCCUCGGGAGUCGUUUCGCUUGACGAGGAUGAGGACGAGGAAACACUUCAGGGCGAGUCAAACCACCAGUGACUCCUCUCAUGGCAGUGUUAAGCCCCCGCCUCCACUUUGCUCUUUGAGGUUCCUUGAUCAUGACAUCAACGUUUGAUCCAGAAAUUAAUUUUUUCAUCCGUCUUUGCCUUACUCGCGCCGUCACAAUAUUUCAGCUCCAUUUCCUAAUUCUUACCAAAGUCAUUCAACGUAUGAGUUCUCUUCUUUUCCAAGCGUCCAAACAAUCUUUUUCUGUGCUUGAGAACUCGAGUUGGUGGACUUGCUAGAGUAGCCAUCGCUCAAUGGAAGCUGCGGGUUUGAUACGGGUGGAUCCAGGCGCCGCCGUUCUUGCCUACGUCGAAAACUCCC